UAUCGCAAUCCGCCUACUGCAACUUCAACAUGUCUAGUUUGGGAGUGCAUUCGGGAAUGUCUAAAACAACGAAACAACCCAGCAACAGGAGCGUGUCAAAGAUCCUCGGGCGCUCGUUGAGGAGAAGGAUCCAAAGAACCAAGAGACAGCUCAUUCCGAGAGCAAGCAGGAGAAUGUCUCCAACGUUGGACAUUUUUGACUAUACUGGUAAGAUCGCAUGCUAUGUGUAAUGUGAACACAAUUUGUCUUAUCCUCUACGGCAGAUUCCACAUACGUCCAGCAAGACACCUACCAGUACCCGAGGUCCUUCCAGUCAGACUUCUUCGACAGCGAGGGGAGGGUGGUUGCUGGCAUCGACUACGACGUGAAGGUGAUGGAGCCAAUGGUGUAUCGUCCCAUCACAGCGAGAGAAGUUCUCAUGGGAUCAGAAGUGCGCCAACACGGAUGGAACGGAAGGAUGAGCACAGAGGUUGCCAGCAAUUUUCCAACUCGGCGGGACGCUUCCUCGUCGGUGGCUGCCCAACAUGACGCGUCAAUCGACGCUGGGAGUGACAUGAACAGUUAUGAUGCCGAGACUAUGUCUCCUUCGGAAGAGCCUUACGUCGAGACGAAGCAGGAGAUGCCUGAGGAGCAGCCAAGAACAUGGCAGGAACCCGACAGGGCCUCGUUCAAGACCGAGACUGAGCGGACUCCCUCGUCGCUGGGAGAAGAAGGUUCCGUGGGGACUUCGUUCCCGUCCACUCCCUCCGACGAGAGCAUCGUCCCUCCCAGCAUCUACUCAGAGACCACGUGCGAUGACUUCUCCAUGGAGGAGUGCGACCUGCAAGCCCUGAUAGGAGGAGGAGAUGACUUCCACUCCACCGAGGACUACGAGCUCAUGAACCUCGGAGAGGCCGGAGAAGGUCAGGACGUUCAUCCAUGGGGCUGGCUGCAGCCUGACCUCUCCAUUCAAACUUAAUCCCUUGUUGUGUUUCAAGUGUAUUCUUUCAGUUUUUGAACGUUUAUCCCUU